GUCCAUCAUCCAUCCAUCAGUGCCUUCAGAUAGGCAGGUUGUCCUCCAGAGUCACGUGGCCAUGCUGAGCAUCCUUUGCAGAUCCAGCAGGCUGUGUGGCGUGUCUUCACUGGGUUACGGUAUGGACCAGUACUGCUGCUGCUGCUGCUGCUGCCGUGUUUAGUCGCAGCAUCUCUUGCUUCUAGUUUUUCUGCAUUCUGGACUGCUCUCCGAAAUCGCAGGUUAUGCCACCCCAAAGGCUUCCUGGAUCCCCAACUGUGAAAGAGAAAGGCUGAUCCCCAUCCUCCCCCAGGUUCCUGCUGCUCUGCACCCCAUCUUUCCCCCCUUUCCUCUCCUGCUUAUUCCCCUCUCCCAACUGCACUAACCCUACCUGACUUAGACAGCUGACCCUGCCACCCCUGUCAUCGUUUACCUCUAGGACUGUUCGUCCAGUCACAUCUUCCCCCCACAAAUCCUUCCCCACAGCCCAGUCUCUCUCUUAGUUUUAUUCCAGCCACGCUAGCCAUCUUUUCUGCAGGCCCCUGCCCUCGUUAUAGAGCUAUUCUUCAUCCACUGGCUGCACUUCAGGCCCCAUGGCUACAGGAGGUCAUGCCCCAGAGAUAGAUGUGUUGAUUAACCUACAACAGGUAAAGGUGGAGGAAGAAGAUGAGGAAGGAUCAGUGGAGGAACGUGAGGAAGAAGAGGAGGAGGAGGAGAACUGGGAGAAAGCACUGUCUGUGGAGCGCUUUGGAGACAUCAUCAGUGACUCUGCUUCCACCAGCGGAGACAGGAUGGGCCGACACUACACUGAGAAAGAUUUUGAAUAUCACAGACACACAUUUCACCAUACGCACCACCCCUUGUCCACCCACCUGCCCCUGUCCCAGCGUCUACGCAAGAGGGUGCACAGCACGGACAGAAGGCGCAAAAAGAAACGGAAGAAAAAAAAGACCUCUCUUCCCCCCUCCGAUGUUACACCCACCAUCCAUGAGGUAGACGAGGAAGAGGCGGAGUCUGAGACAGACAGACAGGGGGUGGCUGCCACGCCCACAGAGCUACCUGAUGUCCAACCACAGUUUAGUUUGGGGAGCCAAGAGGACUUGGAGGAACCCCUUCCGCUCACUACCUUCCACACGGAAAACGAAGAACAUCCAUUGUCACGGAAAGCCGCACCCAGUCUGAUAAAGGGGGAGGCUCAUAAUGGGGAAAUUGCUGUUCUUGGACAGAAUGAGAAGGUGGAUGGAGAGGAAGCGGCUUGCAGCAGUGUUCCUCCAGGAUCAGAUCCCUCAAGUUCAGCCAUCACCCGCGGCUGGUUCCGUAGGAAGCCCGUCCACCAUCGUAUGGCGGGCGCCCAGCGGAGCAACUAUGACCUGCGGGAGCGGAUCUGCAUAGGCAGCAUGACUGCUCUGGAGAUGGCUGUCUACCAGCAGGUGCCUACUGAUGAGGCUGAGGCCCAGAUGUUGGCCAGUGCCGAUUUGGAUGACAUGAAAAGUCAUAGAUUUGAGGACAACCCCGGGGUGAGACGCCACCUGGUGAAGAAGUCAUCACGAUGUCUGAUGAGCCGGACCAGCAACAGUUCCACACCGCUAUGCAGUCUGAAGAAGAAGAAGAGAGCAGCAGAUAAGAAAACUCAUGAGUUGUUUGUGGAGCUGAACGAGCUGAUUGUGGAGAAGGACCAUGAAAUGCGUUGGAAGGAGCGGGCCCGCUGGAUCAAGUUUGAAGAGGAUGUGGAGGAGGAGACAGACCGCUGGGGCAAACCUCAUGUGGCCUCACUCUCCUUCCGCAGCUUGCUGGAGCUUCGCCGCACCAUCACACACGGUGCCAUCCUUCUGGACCUCGAGCAGAACUCUCUGCCCGGCAUUGCCCAUCUGGUGGUGGAGACGAUGAUCAUCUCUGAUCAGAUCCGAGCUGAGGACAGACCCAGUGUCCUUCGGGCUCUGCUUCUCAAACACAGCCAUCCGAGUGAUCUGAAACAUCGUUUUCACCGCCACCACUCGUCCGGCAGUCUGCAUGGCAGCUUCAAUCACAACCACGUCCAGGACACCAAUCUGCCACUGGUGGCUGAAGAACAAGACGAGCUCCAGGAUAACAAAGGGCCGGUGUACGACCCAAAACAAGACGUGUUUGUCAGCCUGUUUAAAUCUCUCCACCCUCUGCCUCCUGAGAGCCAUCCAGCUGCAGCCAGAUCGAUGAAACUCCUCGCCAAGAUUCCCAAAGAUGCCGAAGCUGUCCUUGUUUUAGUUGGUUGUGUUGAGUUUCUGGAGCAGCCAGCCAUGGCCUUUGUCAGGUUGAAUGAGGCAGUCCUUCUGGAGUCGGUACUGGAGGUCCCCGUCCCUGUUCGCUUUAUUUUCGUCCUGCUUGGCCCCAUUCAGUCCAACGUGGACUAUCAUGAGAUUGGACGCUCCUUCGCCACUCUCAUGUCUGACAAGAGUUUCCACGAGGUGGCCUAUUUUGCUGAUGACAGACAGGACCUCCUGAAUGGUAUCAAUGAAUUCUUGGACUGCAGCAUCGUCAUUCCACCCUCAGAUGUGGAGGGCAAAGACCUCCUGAAGACUGUGGCUGACUUCCAGAAGCAGAUGUUGCGCAAGAGGAAGGAAAGAGAACUCAAGAGGCACCACUCCUCAUCUGGAAUGGAGCAGAACAACAAAGAGGUGAGUCCAGAGGAGGAGGAGGAGGGAGACCAGGAGGUGGACCCAUUAAAGCGCUCAGGGAUCCCUUUCGGAGGCCUGAUCCACGACAUCCGCCGCCGCUCCCCACACUACGUCAGCGACUUAAAAGAUGCCCUGGACAUGCAGUGCAUCGCUGCUGUCAUCUUCAUCUAUUUUGCUGCACUGUCGCCCACUAUUACAUUUGGAGGCCUGCUGGGGGAAAAAACAGAAGGCAUGAUGGGAGUGACUGAGCUUAUUGUGUCAACUGCAACUCUUGGAGUUAUAUUCUCGCUGCUUGCUGGUCAGCCCCUUCUCAUCAUAGGCUUCUCGGGACCCUUACUGGUGUUUGAAGAAGCCUACUACAAGUUCUGUCAGGCCCACAACUUUGAGUACCUGACUGGUCGAGUGUGGAUUGGUUUCUGGCUCAUCUUCAUUGUGCUGGUGAUUGUGGCAGCAGAGGGUAGCUUCCUUGUUCGUUACAUCUCGCCCUUUACCCAGGAGAUUUUUGCUUUCCUCAUCUCCCUUAUCUUCAUCUAUGAGACUUUCUCUAAGCUCAUCAAGGUGUUUAAGGAACAUCCACUGAUGGCAAUGUAUCCGACUGACUCCACCCCAGCUACUGGGCUUCAAGAUGUUGAUGACCCCAUCUUCAACCAGCCUAACACUGCUCUCCUGUCUCUGGUCCUCAUGAUGGGAACUUUCUUUGUUGCUUUCUUCCUCAGGAAAUUCCGAAACAGUCGGUUUUUGGGUGGCAAGGCCAGAAGAAUCAUUGGUGACUUUGGCAUCCCCAUCUCAAUUUUAGUUUCAGUAUUAGUGGAUUACGCCAUCACUGACACUUACACACAGAAACUCGAUGUGCCAUCAGGCUUCUCAGUCACCUCCCCUGACAAGAGAGGUUGGUUCAUCAGUCCCUUUGGUGACAAGCAGCCCUUUCCCACCUGGAUGAUGGGAGCUUCUGUUAUACCUGCCCUUCUCGUCUUCAUCCUCAUUUUCAUGGAAACUCAGAUCACUUCAUUGAUAGUCAGUAAGAAGGAGCGUCGCUUGGUUAAAGGCUCAGGCUUCCACCUGGAUCUUCUGCUCAUCGUCAUUCUGGGUGCCAUCUGUCCUCUUUUCGGCCUGCCGUGGCUCACUGCGGCCACUGUGCGCUCUGUCACUCAUGUCAACGCCCUCACUGUCAUGAGCAAAGCCACGGCGCCUGGCGAAAAGCCCAUGAUCCAGGAGGUGAAAGAACAGAGGCUGACUGGACUUCUUGUGGCUGUUCUUGUUGGUAUGUCCAUAGUGAUGACAGACGUGCUCCGCCUCAUCCCUCUGGCUGUGCUCUUCGGCAUCUUCCUGUACAUGGGGGUCACCUCACUGACAGGCAUCCAACUGUAUGAACGCAUCACACUUAUGGUCACGCCCGCCAAACAUCACCCUGACCACAUCUACGUCACCAAGGUGAAGACAUGGCGUAUGAACAUGUUUACCAUCAUUCAGCUGGCGUGCAUCGUGGCUCUGUGGGUAGUGAAGUCUACCGUGGCCUCCCUGGCAUUCCCCUUCGUCCUCAUCAUGACGGUGCCGCUGCGCCGCCUCAUCCUCUCCAGGAUUUUCGAGGAACGUGAGCUCCAGGCGCUGGAUUGCGACGAGGAUUCUCCCAACUUUGAUGAAGAUGGACGAGAUGAGUACAACGAGAUCCACAUGCUUGUAUAAAUUUAAAUUGGUCCCAGCCAAUAUGACUUCCUCUAUCCUCCAACUCAUUUUAACCAAUCAGAGCAAGCCUCUUUGGAAACGGUGACAAAGCGAGAGGAGCUACCGUAAUGGUGUUUGUAAAAUAUUCAAAGGCUAUAGCUGGAUAAUCACCUCUUACCUUUGUUUAUUCCAGUUUUUUUUAAAGAACACACCUAAUGUUAGAUCUCUGUGGUGGUGGUGUUGUGUUAAACUCCCUGAAGAUGUUAUUCUGUCAGAAGCCAGAAAAUAGCCCCAAGAACCCUACCUGGGCUGGACGAUGUAAAUCUAGCAAAAAACGUAACUUACAUGAACACUUUAUCCAACUUCUUAUCCUAUCGAUCCCUUUAAUUACUCUGCAGGUUCUGGGCAUAAGUGCAAUGAUGAUGGUGACCUGGGCAUAAGUGCAAUGAUGAUGGUGACCUCUAGGUGUACAGCGGGCUGGAUGAUUCAGAUGUAUUUUGUCCCGAAAGCGGGAAAUAGGGUCAAUUUGCUUUCAUUUCACUUCAUUCAGGAAGCGGAUUUUCAUCAAAAUUCAUAAUUGUCCAGAUGAAUUGACACUAAAUCUCAAAGCCCUGAAUUCCACUGUCUAUGUAGUUUAGCUGUCGUUUUCUGUUACCCUACUGCCAUUGCCUAUAGGUUGCAAUGAUGUGCAAACAAAGAGUUAAGUAGCCUUUUUCCUUUCUGUACAGACAUUUAGCAAUGAGCACUGGGCAAAAGUUCACCUUUUUUGCUGCCAUCCGAGUUCCCUGGCACAAAGCCUCCUCUCUAAAUGUAGUCUCCCCUUGAAGCCAACAGCUCUACAGAGACUGUGCAAGCCUCUUCAAGGGGUGUUACUGUACUUUGUUAGGUGUUUAAUGCUCAACAUACCAGACUAACCCCACAUUUAUUGUGACCUUGGAUGUAUAAGUAAAUAACUAACAUGGUCUCAACCUUAUUUUUCUACUUUGUUGUAUCUAUUUAUUUUGUGACCUUUGGACUUAAUGCCAUGCCAGAUUAUCAGUGAUGUUUAGACUCCAAAUAGCUUAAACAUAAAAUAAAAAGAACAUUCUGUAGGUUGACACAUUCAAAACAGAAAAUAUGUCAUUAUUCAUCCAUUCUUUCAUCUUCUCAGCAAUAUUUCCAUAGCGUGGUGCAUUUUUCACAGAUGUCAUGAAUAGUAUAAUAACACACUUGACUGGAAAAGCAUAAAAACUAAGCAAACACACAAGUACUGAAAACACUGGGGAACAGUUGAGUGUUGGCAGGAUGUAUGAAUGAUGCAUUGUACAGUAAGACUGAGCUUGGAAUUAUAAUGUAACAUCUGUGUUCAGAGUUGUUUUGAAAUACCCAGAAAUUUAGUUUUCACCUCCUAUAUUGCGAGCCUACUAUAGAAAUUUAAUUACCAUUCAGCCAUGACACCAUUUUCAGAAACCUUACUUCUGCCACAUAGAAACACCAGACUCAAAAUUUCACAAGAUAUAAUAAUAAAAUAUAAUAAUUCAUUAACAAGUUGUGCACAGAUUUGUGUGAUGCUCUUAUUUAAGUAGAAGAGGAAGUAAUUCAGUGAUUUUACUAAAAGGCCCAUGUGUUAGACUACACACGGUCCACUCAAAAUACUUGUUGUGUGGACAUUAGAUUAAAGCCUGAGGCUGUGAAUGAAAGGAGGCCUAAAUGAAUUACAUACAUUCUGACGAUUCUGGGAUGCUUUUUCAAACAUGUGGUAAUAAAGUUUU